AUGUCUGUCCUCAACCCUUACGCCAACUGGGGAACUGGGAGCAACUCUUCCAACAUCCCUUCAAUCCAAGGAGCGCUUCCCCACGUCGACUUCUCUGGGAGGUCAGAGCCGAAAUGGGUCACCUUUACGUUCGCGCCUCAAUCCGGCACCGAUGUUCUCAAUUCCACGGUCAUUGAUCAAGAACGCCGUGCACGAUUCUACAUUACGACUUCGAUUCAAAAUGGGAUUCGCACGACCAUCAUUAGCGACUCGGGGCGGCAGCCUGCUGCAAGAAUCGAGUGGCAAGGGCAGCCAAUUAUCGAAUUGCGAACGCACUCCAACAGCAUCCCGCGCCAAUAUGCCUCCCAGUUUGUCCAGGUUGCUCCGGAUGGGAGGUCAAAGACGAUGGUGGUGAACAACAAACACUUCCAGUGGACUCAAAUUCCUCAAGAAGGAGUUAUACGCUGGAACAACAUUUCCUACAACCCCUCCGAGCCAGUUGGCGCCCUCUACCGCACCCAAGGAGUUGUCUCCCUCUCAAUCGCGCCUUCCGCGGUCGCGUUAGGGUUGUUGGAUAUUGGAAUCUUGGUUGCCAUCCUCUUCUCCGCCAGUGGUUAA